UGGAGGUAGUAGCUCUCUCUCUCAAUCAAGCAGCAGAGGAAGCCCAGCAAUCAGGAGCCGAGGAGCACACAGUCGUCGGGGACUCCCAAAUAUCCUCCAGAGCCAUCCACAAAAACUAACCGAACCCACCAAAUCGGGAGUGUGAAAUUGAAACGGAAAGCGAAAUUCGACGAAACGAGAAGCGAGAAACGGGAAACGAAAAGUGCACAGCCCAAAAAUUAUGCUAAAAUAAAUACCACGAAAAUAUCCGCAUAGAAGACGAAGCAGAAUCAAAAAAACAAAUUCAACAAAUAAAACCUAAAAGGAGAAGCAACUUUCCAGCAGAAAUUUACAUCAGAAUUUUAAGCUCUGGUCAAGUCCCAGUCUCGUGUCAAUUUAUGCAGCCAUAAAAGUUAAAGGGGAACACUCGAGCAGGAGAAGUCCUUUUCUAGCAGAGCCGUGAUAAGAACGCAGUCGGGAACGUGGAGCCAGGACCAAUUUAUAAUCGGGCAGGCAAAUCCCGGGCGCAACUUUCCAAGUGAUUAAUUUCACAGAGCGAGAGGGAAGGCCUGAGUAAGAGAGAGAGAGAGACGAAAAGGACUUGAGCCAAUUACGCCGGCGAUUGGAACAGAGCCAGGAGCCAGAUGCCGCCAUGAGUUUCCUUAGCUCCAUGCAGCAGUAUGUAACCAGUGGCAUCUCCAGCCUGGGCCUUGGCAACCGCCGCUUCUCCCUCUCCCGCCAGGAGUCCUCCGAGCAGCAGUCUGGCGGAGGCAUUGGCUCUGCACCUGGCGGCGGCCUCGUUUCCGCUCAGCAACAGCCGCCAUUUCCGCAGCAGGCAUUGCAGCAACAGCACUCGCUUCCGCCGCAACAGCAACAGCAGCAGCAACAGCUGCAGCACCCGCAUCCGCCGUUGCAGCAACAGGCGAGCAUUGGGAGUGGCUUGGGCGGUUAUGGCGCUCCAGCACCACCCACCGGGGGCGUGGCAUCGACGGCGAGCGGCAGUAAUUACCCCUCCGGCGGCGUGGUAAUCGGCAAUCCGAAUGCAACCAAUCCAUUACUGGGUUACCCAAAAAUAGCAGGUGCAGGCGGCAACCCUGGAUCCGGCAGUCCUUCGACAUCCGCCUCUGGCGGCGGUAGCGGAACACCUCAGUCGCGUCGCCAAUCCCGGGCUCUCGAAUGCCUCGCUCCGCCGCGCACUGGAUCCUUCCGGCAGCGUAACUCGCCGCUCCAUCAGCCUGAUCCGCCGCCCCGUCCGCCGCUGGCCUUCUGCAAGCGCCGGCUGAGCUGGCCCGAGGUGGACCCGCGCUCCAAUUCCGGGGUUCAGGAAACGGAUGGCUCGUAUUUUGAGAACUUUACAUCGCUCGGCUGGAAGCGGGAGAACCGUCGCAUGUCGGCCACGCGUGCCGCCGAAGCACGUGCCGAGGCUAAUCCCGAGAACGAACGUGAUCCACCAGCGCCCCAGGAGGAGUCCAUUGACCGCCAGGAUGAGAAGGAGAAGCUGUACGCGGAGGUGCUGCAUACCAUUGCCAAUACGGUGGGCGCCCCAGCGCCCGGCGGCCAGUUUGCGCAUUACAAGGACGAAAUGUAUCUGCACGCACAGCGCGCCUUCGGUGUCAAUCCGGAUCGUCAUUAUCGCCUGCUGCACGCCUCCGCCGAGGAUAAACCAAAGAUAAUCGUACUCUCUGCGGUGGUAAUCGAGGCUGAUGGCCUCGAGGCGAAGGAUGCCAAUGGUUUCUCGGAUCCGUAUUGCAUGCUGGGCAUCCAGCCGGACGGAGACGGUUGUCCGCCCGUGUCGCCGCUGCCGCUGCCGCCGACGCCGCGCGCCCUGUCCGCGGACAUGAGCGGUGGUUUUGAUAACAGCGCCACGGACUCGCCGCCGCAUCGCAAGCACAGCUUCCGGCUGAGCUUCAAGCGACGGGAGGGGGGUCGACGGGAGCAGCGCGACUCACUGGGCGGCCCGGUGCCGGCCAAGCUCAUCAAGGCUACCAGCAUUAAACCGCAUACACUGACGCCCAAGUGGAACGAGAAGUUCAAGUUCGACAUAGAUGACAUCAACACAGACACCUUUCACCUGGACAUUUGGGACCACGACGACGAAAGCUGCGUCCUAGACGCCGUCUCGCGACUGAACGAGGUCCGUGGGGUGCGCGGACUGGGACGCUUCUUCAAACAGGUGUGCCAGUCGGCUCGCCAGGGCUCCCAGGACGAUUUCCUCGGCUCGGUGAAUAUACCCCUGUCGGAUAUCCCCUCAACCGGACUGGAUGCUUGGUUUAAGCUUGAGGCACGAAGUCAUCGGAGCACUGUCCAGGGACGCAUCCGGCUCAAGUUGUGGCUGUCAACGCGUGAGGAUCGCAGCACGGUGGGCGAGGAGAACCAUGAGCAGCAGCUGCACAAGGUCGAGCAGUUGCAAAUGGUUUUCAUGCAGCACGAGGUGACCACGCAUGAGCCAUCGUGGACCUGGUGUGGCGAUCUGCCGGGUCCGGCGCUCACCAUCCUGCAUCAGCUGGCAGUGCAGGCGGAUCUAUCCGAUUUGCAUUGCGCCAUGGCAAGGUAUGUGGCUGCCGCCAAGCUAAAUCGCUCUACCCCGCUGGACCCAAAGUUUCUCCAUCGACUGCUAAGCGACGUGGAGAAGCAGUGGAACCAGCCCAACCAGGAGCCACUCAGCCGUGAUCUGGAACAGUGGUUGGCGGAUGCCAUGAAUGGAUUUGUGGAGCGCUCUCUCAAUCAGAUACGCCGGCAUAGGGACAUCUUCCCAGCGCUAAAUCCGCCCUCACUGAUUCGCCUGGAAUUCCUGCUGCGCUGCUUAGGACUCCUCGGCUCGAUGAGGGCAUUCCGGGCCGUGUGUCCCUUCAACAAGGGUGUGCGCGGCGAGGUGGUCAAUGCCCUGCGCAAGGGAUCCGUGAUGUGGGGACAGACCGUGAUCCGGGAGUCGCAGAGCCUGCCCAAUCCAUUAUCGAACUUCGUAACGACAUUAACGGCCGACAUUCAGCUGGGGCAGACCUACUAUCAUGCCCUUUUCGACAACACGAAUGGCAUUCAGUACUUUAGCAUCAUCUACAAACAAUACGAUGCGAUGGUGGGCGAGGAGGUGUACACCCGAAUGGCCGCUGGCCAGGUGCCUGGAGUCCGUAUGAAUCUCUCCCAGUAUGCCGUGCUCGAGGGCGAUGCCGAACCUGUAGACACAAAGCCCUUCGAAUUGUUCCUGGCCCUCCAGGAGUUCUGCCAGCUAAAGCGUCAUCUUUCGGCGCAGCCACAGCCGCCGGAGAAGCCUUUAGCUCUGAGCCAGAGCCACGAGUGGUUCAUCCCCACGCUAGAGCGUUGGAUGAUGGUGAGCAAGGCCAAGGCGCUGCAGAGGAUUAGGGCGGCCAUACGUAUGGAUGCCAUCUGUGAGGGCGAACGGAUUGUGCGCUACAGCAGCUCCUCGGUGGACACAGCGAGCACACUGCUAAACAUCAAGGAGUUCUGGAAGGUGAUGAACUGGCCAGACGAAGACACGGCCAUUAUGCUAGAGUCCCAACUGAUCGAUGUGGUGUGCUCGGCGGCGAUGCACUACUGUGACCUUAUCCACACGGCUCUGGCGGACAGUGGCUACUACGAGCAGCAGGGUCCAUUCCGCUGCUCCGAUGACAUGUGCGUGACGGUCAAUAAUGUGGAGUAUGUGCGUCGCACGCUGGCCGAGUUCCGUUCGGAUGAGCAACCACUGGAGGAGUCGGCCGACAAUCUGCUGGAGGCCAGUCUCACCCACAUGGAAAACCGAACCGAACGGAUCCUGUCCAAGCUGGCUCCGCUCAUGCAAAUGUCGCUGCAAAAGGCCAUGUUCCAUUUGGCCUGGUCCCCGGACUCUUUGCCGGCCAACCAGGCCAUUGUACCGCUGCUGGAGUACCUGGACUGCCACCUGGCGGCGCUAAAUAGCGCCCUGCUCACCAAGAACUUCAAUCGAUCUCUGCGUUUCAUCUGGAAAACGGUGCUCGGCGAGAUGUCACGCCAAAUGGAGACGGGCGAUGAGACGGACAAGCCCACGCAUUUCCACAAGCGUUUGUACGAGGCGCUCCAGCUGCUCAUUGACUUCUUCCACGCCGAGGGUCAGGGUCUGCUCCUUGAGUGCCUGCACACAGAGGAUUUCUGGCGCAUAGAGCAGCGACUCCAGUUCCACAAGACGGACACGGACCGACUCAUCGAUAUGUUUUACAUGCAGCGUCUGAGGGAGCAGCUGAUGGCGGUGACUCCCUCGCCGUAUGGAUCGUUGGCGGUGCGGGCCUACUUCAACCACGACUCGCUCUGUGUGGAGGUGCUGCAUGCCCGAGAUGUGGUGCCCCUGGAUCCAAAUGGCUUCAGUGAUCCCUUUGUGGUUAUCGAGCUGCUGCCCCGAAGGAUAUUCCUGCACUGCAUGGAGCAGCAAACGAAUGUGCACAAGCGCACUCUGAACCCCAUAUUCGAUGAGUGCUUCGAGUUCUCUGUGACCCUGGAGCAGUGCCUCACCGAGGGCGCCAUGAUUUGCUUCACAGUGAUGGAUCACGAUGUCCUAACGGCCAAUGAUUUCGGAGGCGAAGCCUAUUUGGCCCUGGGCAACAUACCCGGAGUGGCGGACUACAGCACCAGUGUGGACAACUUCCAUGGGCUGAAACAAAUCGAGCUGCCGCUCAUGGAGCAAAAGGAUAAAUGCAAUCCCAUUUUGCAAAUCCUGGAAGUGCGAAUCAACGACAAGCAGGCCCAGGACUUUGUUCGCAAGCAGAAAGCGCGCUUCAUCAAUUGAUUUUUGGAUGGAUUGAGACUAAGACAGGACAACCGAACGAACCGUUUGUAAAACGUUUCCAGCAGAGCAAUGUAAUUGCCUCGACGACGAUAACUUAACCGAAGCUAAACCUUAGCCAGUAUCCAUAAUUCAGCAUUGUAUGUAUUGUACCUACUCUAGUUGUUCGACAAAGACUCCUCCUUCUCUUCAGUUUGUAAAUGUUAGCAAAGAAUCGAAAUUCAAAUGGUGCAAAAAAGUGACGAGCAACAAGACGGGGGACACUCCCCGUUCCCCCGCUGCUUGAACAAAAUUCGGAUAAAAAUUAUGGAUUAAAAAAACACUUAACACAGACACACACACAAAAUUAGGGACUUAGUAGAAGCCUAGCAUUGCUGAAAUUGCCAUAAAUUGGGCAAUCAAAGAAAUCGUAUCUAACAGAAAUCAUUAAAAUUUCAUAAAGACACAAAACUUGAGCUAUGUUGUGCGUUUUGAAGACUUUUACCAAGGCCAACGCAUGAAUACAACAUAUACACACAUUUUUGGGUCAAUUUAAACUCUACGAAUACAUAUAUUUAUAUAUCAGCAAAGUAACAACGUGUAUACUUAACAAAUACAAGUGACAAUUCAGCACCUUUUCUAUACGCCAGUGAAAGCCAAGAAACAAUCAAAAUUUGCGUAACUCCGAGCUUCUUUGAAACCCCCCACAAAACCAAGGACACGAAACACAAGACAUACUAUACAAGCAGGAAGCUAUUUACAAUAUAUAUAUAUAUAUAUACGAGAUAUGAUGAUGAUGAGAUAUAUGUACAUGAUGUGUACUAUUUAUAUCACGCCCAAAGGACAGUGUAACUAAGUCUAAAGUAUAUUUGUAAACUAUUUUCUGAGCACAGAUUUUGUAUAAAUUUAUUAGACACGCGCUAGUACCCCGAGAGGCAGCCUUCGGCUCUUUUGCUUAUACUUAGGGCUUUUCCCCAUGUCUUUUAUCCCCCCGAAAACUUUUCUAGCCCCUCCCCCGAAUUGGUUUUUCCACCCAGAAGAAAAGGUCUCGCUUCUAUUGUAAAUUUUGUACUAUAUACAAUGGUCUCUAUAACGAAGGAACUUGAAGAUAUUAUGAAUAAUUGAGGGAUUGUUGAAACUGUAACUCUUAACUGUAAACUGUAAACUGUAAACUGUAGCAAGAACUUUUUAUACCUUUCGCAAAGGCAGCCGAGGGAAAUUUUAGAGGGCAAAACUAAAGCUAAAGCUGAGGCUAAACUAAAAACGAACAACUACCAAAAAGAUGCACAACAAACAAAGAGGAAAACCCAAGUCAAAUUACAAAUAUUUUUAAUAUUUACACUAAACUCGAGCAAACAGCCACAAACUACUGAGUACGAGUAUUAUGCAAAGAAGACAACAAACAACAAACAAAACAUAUGAAUAUAUAUACAUAAAUGGAUAAAUAAUUAAUCGGUAAUCAAGCAAGUAUUUAGUUAGUAAGGCAAACCUUUGGUUCGCAGUCCUUGCACAGCCUUUCAACGUCUGUAUCUAUACGGUUUUUGUUAUGUUUCCUUGCGUUAGAAUUCAACUUCGAUACAUCGAAUACUUCGAUACCAGGAGUUAUGAUCCCAAAAAGAAUCAAACAUCGAAGUAGAGUCAUAAUUUCCAGUGCUAUAUGUGCCAGGCUCUCCUACAGCCCGGCAUAAAACUCCACGCUCCUCACUCCGAAUCUUCCAAGAGCACUCGUUACCUUUGACUUCUCACUUCAAACUGCAAACGGCUAUCUUCCAGACUUUAUGUGCAGUAAACAAAUAAAUAGUUAAAUUGAUAAACGUAUAAAUAUGGGCAAGAGUUUGCUGUACUAACCAACCGAAACUACUGUGUUGAUAUGUGUACCUAUGAUAAUUUCCUAUAUCGAAUAGAUAAAAAUGCAAAAACACACCCCACGGGCCUACAGCAAGAGUAAAUGAAAUCAAAUCAAAUUAAAUUAUUCAUGUUACUAGCACUAGCUAAGCAAAAAAAAUACAAGUAAAUAAAAAACAAAUAUAUGAAGCAAGCAGAGUGUAGGGUAAAAUGUAAACAAAACUACAAAUUUCAACUGACAAGAAAUGCGAAAAUUGGCCAAACAAAGAGACCAAACGCAUUUCCCAGCCGCCACAAAACCAACAAGCAACUGAAAAACCAUUGAGAAUCAAGGCCAAAACAUGCAUAACCUAUACCUAUAACGAUAUAUAAUAUAUACAGACACCUAUUUGAAUGUGCAGUUGUUGUGCUAGUUACAGACUACAAAAGAAACCUACAAAGAGCCCUCCUACGUAUACAGAAUGCAAAUACAAAUACUUUUAAUUGCUAUAUACAUACCAUAUACAAGCGACCAGCAGAUGGCAACAAAAAAAUACAAAGAAAAAUACAAAGAAACAGCAACAAAUGGCAACUAUUUUCGAUUAUAUAUACGUUACAAAUACCAUAUUUAUUUUCCUUUUACACAAAACCACAGCCCACCCCACCCACAGAGAUACUAAGUAUUUAUAUGUGUAUUUUUUGUAUGCCAAGACAGAACUACAUAUAAAACACUUUACCGCCGAAACUUGAUAUGAAUAUUUUGAAGGAAACUCUAACAGACAAUUGUAAAAAUAUAGUUUUUUAAAUGUGAAUACAUAUAUAUGGAAAAUGUGUGUGUGUUUUGCAACUACCAACGGGCCACAAAUCAGGUUCCUAAGCUCCCCUCCGUACGGAUAUACAUUUAUCUGGGCAGAUGUCUUAACAGCAAACACCGCAAACUCUUAAACUAACCCUAAGUACAUAAUCAAAUCAA